AUGCUGUUGAAAGAAAUAAAAAGUGGAUAUGAACAAUCAUCAAAAAAAACGAAACACAAUCCUAAUCAAGGUAUUGUCGAAACAUUGAGUACUCUACGUGAACGUUCUCUACGUUACAUUGAUGAAUCAGCUUACAAAAAUUAUGAUCGUUUAUUACCUUUAAAUGGUAAUCAACCAACAUUAAAUAAACAUCGAGUUCAAGAUAAUGAUUUACCACAUAUAUUUGAAGCUUUAAAAACUGUUACUAUGAUUACUCACCUUGAUCUUCGAUACAAUCGUAUUUCAGAUGAAGGUGCUAUUCUCCUUGCAGAUUUUUUAGCACAAGAUCAAUUUUUAUUAGUACUUAAUUUACAAGGUAAUGAUAUUCAUCGAAAAGGUGCUCAAAGUUUAGCUCAUGGUCUUAAAGGAAAUCAAGCAUUAUCAUCUUUAUCACUUGCUGAUAAUAGUAUUGGAAAAGGUGGUGGAAUGGCAUUUGCUGAAACUCUUCAAAUAAAUAUUAAUCUUGAAAAUCUUAAUUUAUCAAAUUGUGAUUUAGAAAUGGAUAGUCUAAUUGCAAUAUUAACUAUUCUACGUUAUAAUCCAAGUAUAAAAUCAAUUGAUAUAAGUCGUCCAGUACCUCAAUUUCAUUAUACAAAUUGGAUGGAUGAUGUUGCUAUUCAUAUUGCAAAUAUGCUUGAGAAAAAUACUGUUUUACAAGAAUUACAUGUUCAAAAAUUUGAAAUUCGUGAUGUAGGUUUUAUGUGGAUUUGUCAAAAAAUGCAACAUAAUCAAACAUUAUAUCAUCUUGAUCUUAGUUGUAAUCGAAUUACACGUGAUGGUGCUAUUUAUUUAGGACCAAUGCUUGAAAAAUGUAGUCUUCUUCGACUUAAUUUAGCAUUUAAUCGAUUAGAAGAUGAAGGUGCAGGUCAUAUAGCAACAGCAUUACUUCAUUCAAAUUCGAAACUUCGAAGUCUUGAUAUUCGUUCGAAUUAUAUUAGAGGCGAUGGAUUAUGUAGUAUUGCCGAUGCAGUUAAAUUUAAUUCAGCACUGACAGAAUUAUUUCUUUGGGGAAAUGUUAAUGAAGAACGAGCAUGUUUAGCUUUUGAAAAUCUUGUUAAAAUUCGUCGUUUUGACCCUGAUAAUAUUGAUGUUGCACCAUAUCGUGUUGAUGCUCGAACAUAUCUCGCUGAAUCUACAAAUAAUCUUGAUAAAUAUGCAUAUUGGAAGCAAGUUGAACCACGUCUUCGUGUUCAACCAGCUGUAAAUCGAGAACCAUUGAGUGAACGUGCCUAA